UUCACUCACCCCGAAGUACUUCGGCAGAGUUGCUGAGUUCUAUGCUUUAUCUGGUUUAGCUCGAUGCUCGCUUGUCUUCCCCGGGAUUUCGAUGGCAGCUUUCUGCGUUUCUCACGCCGCUGUACCCAUACUCGUCUUGGAUUUUUACAAGGACCGAUCCUUUCAAAUGAACGAACCCUAAUAAACCAUUCUUCGGUUCAUGGUCCUCUAACGCUUGGCCAUAGGAGCCGAUACAACAGCACAAUAAGCAGCAAGUUUGAGUCCCCUGGAUUUAACAGGGGAGGAUUUCUCUUCUCAGUUUCAACCGGGUCAGGAUCGGCGGAUACCAACAGCAGGCCCAGUGACGAAAACCCAAGGUCAUUUGAAUCUCUUGAAGAAUUUUCUGGUUUGAAGUCGAGUUUCAGGGGCGAGAGAGAGCGAGGUGGGAAUGGAGCUCCGUUGUUAACAACAUUCGAUUUUCUUGAGUUGAAGAGGGAGCUUGAGAAGGAGGAGAACGCUAGAGCGGGUUCUAUGGAAGAAGGGUCGAGGCCUGACAACUUGGAAGAAACAACUUCUAGUUCAGAGAGGGAAGAGAUUGUGGUUGGAAGCACGGGCGUUAGAGGUGGAAGGCGGGUGAUGAGGAGGUCGAAUUUGCUUGCGAAGCAGGUGAUUAGCAUGGAGUCUGCUCGUAGCUUGGGGUUUAUCUCACAGCUUUGGGUUGACACUAGAUCGUGGGUGGUAGCAUUGGUCGAGGUGAGGCCAAAUUUUCUAUCUGGAGAUGCUGAGAAGUUUCUUCUUGAGGAUGUGUAUCAGGUGGGAGACGUCGUGCUUGUUCCUGAUGAAUCUGUGAUGCAAGAUGAGCUUAAGAUGACUGGUCUGGAUACUUUGGUAGGAUAUGACGUGGUAAAGGAUGGUAGACGCAGCAUUGGUAAGAUUCGUGGCUACACUUUCAGCAUCAAUAGCGGCGCUGUCGAAUCACUUGAGUUUGACUCAUUUGGUUUUUCUAUCAUACCAUCGAGUCUGGUGAGCACCUACCAGUUAUCAGUUGAAGAUGUUCUUGAUGUCGAAUCUGAUAAGGUCAUUGUGUAUGAAGAAGAUUUUUCUCAUAUUCAAAGGUUAACAAAGGGCAUUUGGGAUUCUGGAAAGAUAGGCAGAUCUGGAGACCACCUGGAAGGGAGACAUGAUUUCAGAAGAAAAAGUUCAUUUGCAGAUCGAAGGCGAAGCCGCCAAAGCUCUGGGAGUCCAAAGUUCCCUCAUGGAGAUGAUGAGUGGGAUCUCCCAUUGGAUUAUUGAAUUAUUUAUCUUUAUUUUUCUCCAUGUUGUAAGUAAUAUGGA